CCCUGUCCCCUGGUCUGCUCUGUGCAUGCACCCGGAGCCCUCUGUGCCCACGCCGGUGAUGCCAUGUCCUGCAACCAUAGUGGAGGUGAUGUGGGAGGCUCUAGGCUCUGGAUAAAAAGCAGCUCUGGAGUUAAAGGCAGGGGCAGGGACCGUUACUACGGCAUGAAAGAUGUGGAGUCGGGUCGGGGCAACAGGGUGCUGUUGAACUCCAGUAGAGGGGACGGGCUGCUUCUCCUGGGCACCAGUGACACUGGCAGGGGCAGCAGUGUGGGACCGGGAGGGGGCUUGCAGGAGAGCCGCCGAGGGAAGCAGGGAGCUUGCAUGAGCUUAUUGGGGAAGCCGCUGUCGUACAACAGCAGCCAGAGCUGCCGGAGGAACGUGAAGUACCGGAGGCUGCAUAACUACCUGUGCAACGUGCUGGAGAGACCCCGGGGCUGGGCAUUUGUCUACCACGUCUUUGUAUUUAGCAACUGGACAGUCAAUGGUCAGUCUGCACUAUGCCUUCAUGAUUGGUAAAUCGACAGCAAGCGACAUCAUUCGGGAAACAUGCAGUGCCAUAUGGGAUGUCCUUCAUGCUGUUGUGAUGUCUAAACCAAACAAGGAUAAGUGGCAGAAAAUUGCCCACACAUUUUUACCAAACAUGCAAUUUUCCUAAUUGUGUGGGAGCGCUAGAUGGAAAGUAUAUCCACGUGAUAAAACCCAAGAGGAGUGGCAGUAGAUUUUUUUAUUAUAAGAAAUACUUUUCCGUUGUCCUUUUUGCCGUAUCUGAUGCCAACUACUGCUUCAGAUACAUAGAUGUUGGAUCGUAUGGAAGCAGCUUGGACUCUGCGGUAUUCACUCAUUCAAAAUUUGGACAAAUGUUGAAUACCAAUGCUCUGGACCUUCCGGGGAACAUCAAGCUGCCUGGCACCGCUGAUCCGGCUAUGCCUUUCGUAUUUGUAGGAGACGAGGCAUUUGCUCUGGGUGAGCAUCUUAUGAGGCCCUACUCAAGCCGAGCACUGUGCCUUGAGAAAAGGGUCUUUAAUUAUUGACUAACCAGAACUCGCAGGGUGGUGGAGUGUGCAUUUGGCAUAGUGUCAAACAAAUGGCGCUUUCUGCACUCUCCAAUCAAACUGAAAUUGGAGAACACCAUCUCUGCGGUUAAGGCAAUUUGUUGCCUUCACAAUUUUGUAUGACAAAGGGAUGGAUUCAAUUUUGCGGAUUCAUUGGUGCAUUGCAUGGAGUACAAAUUGAACCUGCGUCCGUGGUACCACACAUGGAGCCACCAUUAGGGACAAGUUUGCGGCCUAUUUCAUAUCACCGGAGGGGAAGAUGCCAUGGCAAUUGCAAGCUAUACAAGCUUGAUUAUUAUAAUAAAGACUUUGCCUUCUCUUUGU